CUGGGUAUUUGCGUUGACUUUGAUUUUAGUAAAGAAGUUGAAUUGGGAUUGCAAUGGGCCAAUGGCCCUAUAAUUUGAUGUGGGAUUUUUGCUUUUUUUUUUUUUUUUUUUUUUUUAAAUUUCACAUGGUUCAUUAUUGAAAAUGAUACUCAGAUCCUAAUAUUUUGUUAUUAGCUUUGAGUUUGAUUGAUUGCUACGGAGUAUUGACUAUUGAGAAUUGAGAUGUAGUCACUCUCUUGUUUUAUUUGCUAUAUUUGACCUAAAUGGUUUUGACAUGUGCAUAUGAGAAUGCUCCGUUUGGGUCUGAAAAAAUAUAUAACGCAAUCCGUCGUUGUUCUCUAUUUAAAAAGUCUUGUUCUAUAAUCGGUAGUGAUUUAAAAUGCUAUACUCACAAUAUAAUAAUAGUUUGCAUUCUGCCUUACGUAAAGUUGCUAGAGUACGAUUAACCUCUGGAUUUGAAAUCACUUUUUUAUUUAGUACCAAACAAAAUACUUUGGUAGAAGAAGAAUAGUAGUUGCAUUUUCUCAUGUGGACAGAGUUUUGUAAAUUGGUUGCAUUUUUAUUUGGUACUCACAAGUCAAAGAUUAAUGGUAUUUUUCGUGGACGAAACUCAAUUUUAUUACCUGAAAUUACCAUUUAGCCUUUAAUAUACCACAUAAGUUACUAUUUUGUCCUUAACAUACCAUUUCUAAUCCCUACCGGUUAGAAAAUUAGAAGACCCUGUUUCCCCAUUUACAUUUCUGGUGGCUUAACAUGGAUAAUUGAAUAUACUGCAAAGUUUAACGUCCAUGUAGGCUCUAGUCAUGUUACAUGUAACCUGGACCUGCUUUGCACUCAAUAAAUUAAGAUGAAAAUUGAAAAGAUCGCAAACUCGCUAAUAAAGUUGUGCAACUUUUUAUUCCAUUCUCUGGCAAGGGUCGCCAUUCGUAAAAUGCCUCGUCAGCUUAUUUCGCCUGCUCAUGAUCUUGCGACCUCUGCUAGGAACAGGGUGAUUCUUAGGCUUCGUUUCUAGCUUAGUUUGUUUCCUUGCUUUUGUUGUUUCUUUCUUAGUCCUCUUGUUAAAAAAAAAAAAAAAAAAAAACUUAAGGUAUGGACUAUGUAAUCUAUAUGACAUAAGCGCGUAUCAUGUGUAUGAUUAAAUUUUUAUUUUUGACAACAAUUCAUGUGUAUGAUACUUGUACGUAUCAAUAUAUUGUAAGCCAUCCAUUUAAUGUUAUAAAGUCGCUCAUACACUUAACUUGGAGCAACCAAUAUUUUUUCUCUCUCUCUCUCUCACUCAAAAUUCGUAUAAUCCAAAGUCCAAACAAAAGCUCAAUAUGGCUGUUGAAGCUCAAGAGCUUCAUGUAGUUUUCUUCCCUUUCCUGUCCCAUGGCCAUAUGAUUCCAACCCUCCACAUUGCGCGCCUCUUUGCUGCUCGUGACAAUGUGAAAGCAACCAUUAUCACCACCCCUCUCAACAUGGCCACCUUCACCAAACCAAAUGAAAACAGUACGGAAACCGGAGCACCAAUUAUCAACAUCCAAGUAUUCAAAUUUCCAGCAAAAGAAGCCGGUUUACCCGAUGGAUGCGAGAACCCGGAUCAAUUGUCAGGGCCUGGAAUGAUCAAAAACUUCUUCAAAGCUACAGAGAUGCUAAACGAGCAGCUUGAGCAGUACUUGGAGAAGAUCCGACCCGAUUGCCUAGUCGCAGACAUGUUCUACCCAUGGGCGACUAAAUGUACAUCAAAGUUCAACAUCCCGAGACUAGUCUUCCAUGGGUUUAGCUGUUUUUCUCUUUGUGCUCAAGAAGUUAUCAGGCUACAUGAGCCUUAUAACAAUGUGUCUUCUGAUGAUGAGUUAUUUGUUCUUCCUUCAAUCCCACAUGAGAUACAGUUAACAAGGUUACAGAUACCAGAAGCUUUAAGGAUAGAAGAGGAAUCCUUUUUGAAAAGCACAAUUAACAGGGUCAUUGAGUCAGAGGUCGAGAGUUAUGGAGUAAUUGUUAACAGCUUUUACGAGUUGGAACCAGAUUAUGCAGAAUUUUUCACUAAUGAAUUGGGAAGGAAAGCGUGGAAUAUAGGUCCGGUUUCAGUUACUAACAAAAGCCCUGAUGUUAAAGCAAUAGAUAAACACGAGUGCUUGAAAUGGCUUAAUUCAAAGAAGCCUAAUUCAGUGAUUUACAUAUGUUUUGGUUCCACAGCAAGAUCCAUAGAUCCUCAACUACAUGAGAUCGCAAUGGGUCUAGAAUCAUCAGGGAAACAGUUCAUCUGGGUUGUGAGGAAUAAGAGCAACUCCAAUGAAGAGGGAAAGAAUGAAGAAGUGUGGUUGCCACCUGGAUUCGAACAACGGACAGAAGGCAAAGGCCUAAUAAUAAGAGGAUGGGCCCCACAAGUGUCAAUCUUGGAGCAUGAAGCCAUUGGAGCAUUUGUGACUCACUGUGGGUGGAACUCGACACUAGAAGGGAUCACAGCUGGUGUACCAAUGGUUACAUGGCCUAUGUUCGCUGAGCAAUUCUAUAAUGAAAAAUUGGUGACUGAAAUAUUGAAGAUUGGUGUCCCUGUUGGCGUUAAGAAGUGGAGUAUGAUGCCUUCUGUUGAAGAUAUGAUAAAGGGUGAAGCUGUAGAGAUGGCAUUGAGAGAAAUCAUGGAUGGAAAAGAGGUGGAGGAGAUGAGAAACAGAGCGAACAAGUUGAAGGAAAUGGCGUGGAAAGCUGUUGAAGAAGGUGGUUCAUCAUACUCGGACUUAAGUGCAUUGAUAAAUGAGUUAAGAAAUUAUCAAAGUGACCAACUUUAAAUUUUUGUCUAGUGUUUUUAGUCUUUGGCUUCAUGAAUACACUUCAUGGUUGCGACGAGUCCGGAUCCUCUAAAAUUAUAAUAAAACUCUACAAGGUAGAGUUGUAUCUAAACCAUACAUUUUAAAAUCAAUGGUUUAUAUUGAUGAGGAAAAAUAGGGGAAUUUUGAAAAGAUAAUAUAUGAACCAUUGAUUUUUCAUUCAAUGGUUGAUAUGCUCAAACUCUACCGUGUAGAGUUAUUUUAGAACUCUAGAGGAUCCAAAACCGCUUGCGAUUGAUCUUACAAGUUACAACAUUUCGCUAUUGUUCGUAAUUUACUACUCCGUAUUAUUAUUGUUAUUUAUCAUUUUCCUAAGACCAUUUCACCAACUUAUGUUUGAUUUAUUCUGAAUUAUCUUCCACUUUUAUUA